AUGGGCCGGCCGUCCUUACGCUCAUGCAACCCAAGGAAAGUCAAGCGGCCACGUAGAAGGGACUCACUUAAGUGCAAGACAAAGCGACCUCCGGGUGCCUACGCCCUCUUCCUGCAAUCAAUGAAGUCCUGCUACUGCGGAGAUUUGGUGGCCUUUUCGCGACUAGUCGCUGGCAAGUGGCGGCAAUUGGAUGCUAAACAAAAAGCUAUCUAUGAGAAACGAGCUCAAUCUCUAAAGGCAAAGUACAAUAGUCCGUGCAAAAAUUCGGCCUGUUCAAAGUACUUGAAGUUCGUCAACGCAGCCUAUAGAUGCCUACGGCAACAGCAUCCAGACUGGUCAUCUAAACAGAUUCGCGAUGCUUGGCGGCAGGACCUUCUGGCAUGCAUGCAGUCUCUUAUCCCCUCUGAUUUGGCGUAUUACAACUUUAGAGAGGACUCAAAGUGUGCAUCUGUGGUAGCCCUAAGCAAACUCGAUCCACAAGACCAGAUAUUCUGA